AUGCGGGAAUUAACCCUAUCGUAUCAUGAAGAACACGUGCAUAAGCAUGCACGGUGCCAGGAAUUAGGAUAUAUGGAGAUGGAAUGGGAUGAGAUGAUGAAACGAUCUGAAGAUAAUAAUAGGUAUGGAAAAGUUAGCUGGAUAUUGAACAAAGGAUUGUCGGUGGGAAAGAUGAUUUUGGUCACAGGUUUUGUGAUAUCUUCAGCACCAGUUAUUCUUCCUCCUCUUGUGGUUAUCUCAGCAAUUGGCUUUGCUUGUUCUCUCCCAUACGGCCUUUUCUUGGGAACCUAUGCUUUCACUGGCCAGCUCAUGGCUAAACUUCUUCCAACACCUAAUUCUAACCUUUUUCUGGAAUGUAAUUAUGGAACAAAUUUUAAGGAUAUUACUGUCGUAGAUGAAAAACAACUAUUGGACGAUCAAGUGGAGGAAAAUGGGUAUGAGGAAGAUGUUGAAGAUCAAUCUCAUAAACCUCCAUCGAAAGUCCAAGAGGCCAAGCAAGAAAAAACUGUCAUAGAGCAAGGCAGGGAGGGAGUGGAUGGGGCAUCUCAAGUCACGGUUAUAAUUAACGAGGCCGGAGAUGAGGGAAGUGGCAGUAAUAUUCUUAAAGACGACGGAGCACCAUUUGAAUCAGUGACAACAGGAAUAUUAAUAGAAAAAAUUAGGGAUGAGGGCAAAGUUGAUGAUGAAGCACUGCAAGAAGAGAUAAUCAAGCAAAGCGUAGAAAAUGUGUGUGGAGAGGUGGAUAAGGAAGAAAUUGGUCAAAGGAAUGUGCAUGAAUCGGGUAGAAAUGACAAAGCAAGCAUGGAGGAACGCUCGGGAGUAAUUGGACAAGUGGUGGAAGAAAAUGUUGACAAGGAAAUUCCACUUCAAAGUGAGGAGGUGAAAGAGAUGGUAUCCUCUGCUGUCCUCAUGGAGAUGCAACCGAUACAAGAUGUCAGAGUGUUGUUAGAGAAAAAGGAUGUUGAGGACAGUACCAAAGGAAGAGCACAAAGAAAUAUUGCCCAUGCUAAACAGGACCCCCAACUGACUAAAGAGAAGGAAUUACUUGUGAUUCCUCCAAACGAGGAUGCAAGAGAAAUUGCAGAUGAAAGUGGGUUGCACUUGUUUGAUGAUAAACAAGCAGUUGGUCUUCAGUGUUCCUACUCAGAUUACCGAAUUACAGAAGCUGGGAUUGAGCAUUCAAGUUACGAAGCUUAUGAAGUUACUCUACCAACAACGGUUGAUGACUCCAAAUGUACUGGAAUUCCAGACAUCCAUUUGGCUGCUGGUAAUGGUAAGGUGCUGUACGGUGAGGACAAGAUAUGGAAACAAAUUCAUGCAAUGCGCAAAAUAGUGGGGUAUAGAGCUUCUGUGCGAGCAACGUGUAUCGAGGAGCUCAAGGCGCUUUACGUUUUCACCGGAGUCGAUCCACCUGCCUCAUUUAAGGAUCCUUCUGAUCUGGUGGAAGUCAAUGACCAGCUUAGAUUUCUUAUGACCAUUGUUGGAGUCAAGUAG